UUAUCUAGAGGCUAAAUAAUUACAACCAAGAAAACGUUCUAUCAGCGUCAUUCUACCACACCCUCUAAAUUACCUGAAAGAAUCCUCUAUGACCUGUCUAUAUAAAGAGCUCAUAGCAUCAUACCAAGCAUCAUCAACCAGUUUCAUAUUCUGAUCAGUACUCUGCAAGGUAAGAAAAUCAAGGAGACAGGAGAUGGCAAUCAUUUCUAGUGAUAAUAUGGACAUUACUGUUAAUGUUUUGCAUGGACACUAGAAUUGUGACUUGUAGAAUUGUAAUUGUAACAUUUAUUUACUUUGAAGAAACUUCAAUAUCUAUGAAAUAAUAUAUCUUAAAAAUAUCAGGAAGUAUUACUUUACUGAGAGGGUAGUGGAUGCAUGGAAUAGCCUUCCAGCUGAAGUGGUAGAGGUUAACACAGUAAAGGAGUUUAAGCAUGCGUUGGAUAGGCAUAAGGCUAUCCUAACUAUAAGAUAAGACUAGGGAUUAAUGAAAGUAUUUAGAAAAUUGGGCAGACUAGAUGGGCCGAAUGGUUCUUAUCUGCCGUCACAUUCUAUGUUUCUAUGACUAACUUAGGAAAUGUGUUAAAUGACAAUUUAAAAAGAAGACAGACAUAGAGAUACAUUUUAAUUUUGAAAUGAUAACAUUUUAGUGGUCUUGUGUUACAUAUUGUUACUUGGUGCACCAUAUUAAAUAUUAUGAACAUUAUGGGAAAUAGUUUAUUAUGGGAAAGUAGUGCAACCAAACGAUUCCCCAAAUUGCGUUAUUUUCUCUUAAUGCUCUCUUCAGCAUUAUGUAACAUGUAUAUUACAUUGGUGUUAGAGGGUUACGACUAGGGAUAAAGUAAGGGCUAGUGUCUGAAUUUAGGCAAUGGUUUGUGUUAGGGCUAGAAUUAGAAUUAGAGUCAGGUACCCUUUAUAUUUAAUAUAGCACUGGGACAUAUAUGUCCCACAUUAUCUGGUGGGAGUUCCAACUCCUGGGAAUCAGCUUUCGACAAACAAUCAACUCAUUUUCCAGUGAUGUACUGAAUGAAGAGCUUGGGAAGAUUGAGAUACAAUGUUUCUGUCUCCUCAGCUACUCUCCUCUCAUAUCCUUAUCAGAUGCAGGUUCAAUUAAAAUAAAAGUGGCUUAAAGUAUAAAACACCCAUGAAUCUCAGGCAGACUGGAAAACAUGUGCCCUGAUCUGGCUUUGAUGUUAGGGCCAUUAUAUAUCUGUCAUACUAUUUAUAAUAUAUUAAAUAUUGAUUUACCAGGUAAAGAAAAUAUAUAUUUUUUGCUUUUAUAUUAAUAUUAACAUACAAUGCCCUUUCUUUUCUUAGGAUCUGUGCCUGUGUGACCAUGAAGACAUUUCUUUGGCUGCUUUUAGCUCUAUUUGGAGUGGCUUUAGGUAAGAUACAGUGACCAUUCUUGCAUUAUAUUGGUGAUCAAACAUAAAAAAACCUAUAGUAGAACAUAUCUGCUACUCAUAGGCAUGCACAGUACACUUUAUUAGGAGGAGCAAAAAGAGAAAAUAACCAUACAACCUGCAUUUAAAAAUGCUAAUGAAAACAAUUAAGUAAAAAAAGUUUUGCUCUAAUAACCAGUUGUUUACAUAGGUACUCAUGAUUUAUUCUUCAAAAAUAUAGCAAGCUAAUCCAAUUUCAUGAGAAAAAUUGCCAAUGGAAAUCUAAAUGAAGAUAGGGAGGACAAACUAGAGCUGCAUUAUGGGGUGCGUAGGCAAGUCUUGCACACCCUUUAUGAACACGUAUUCCACUGCUGUCUAGACUAAACUGUGCUGAAUAAAAAUGUCAAAUAUAAAUGUUUUCUAUAUAUUGUUGUCAUUUGUAGAAACCUAAUGUUAGUGAAAUAAGUGAUCCUGAAACAGCAAUUAAUUUCAGUAAAGUUGCGGUAUUAAAUUUCUGGCUACAGAGUGCAGCAAAAUGGUCAUUAGUACCACGUGUAUUUCUAGUAAAAUACUAAAGUAUUCAAUCUGGGUGCAGAUGCAGAAUAAAAUUGCUAUACCUGGCUACCUUGGUCAUUGGUAGAUUGCUAAAAACACACCUAUAUACAUCUCAAUUUAUGAAAGAGGAGCAAUUUUGAAUUAGAGGUGAGGACGUAUGGCAACUGGGUUUUUCUGCAACAUUUUAUGUAAUUUUUGAUAAUGUGCUGAUGUUAUUUUAUUACCUAAAAAAGCAUUUAGAAUGCAUCAAAAAUCGUUUUUUUAUUUUUUUUAUUUAUUUCCCCAUAUGGCAGAAAGGAUAGACAAGGGGAUUUGCAUCCCAUAGUGUAUGUAACUAUGGCGGGGUUAUGGAAUAGAUUUGAAAACUAUAGUAGCAGUUCCUUCCUUUCACCAUAGUAUUGGGCCUGGUUCCACAGUAAAGCUUUAUUGUUUACUGAAAUUUGGGAUGUGGUAGAGAGGACUAUUCUGCGGUUUGUUCUGCAGUCUGUCUCAGUUUAACCUUAGUGACACAUACUACAUGGACAUGGAAUAAAAUAAAGUUCAGACAAGGUUAAUUAAAUAGUGCAUGAAAAGGUGAGCUCUCUAUUCAUCUUUCUCUCUAUACAGUUUCUUCUGCAAAUGCAACCUGUGCCAGUGAUGAAAUAGCGGACAGCACAAAUACUACCUGCAACUGUAAUGCAUCAAAAUACAACUCAUCAGGUAAAGUAGACCAGUGAAUACUGUACAUUUCAAUAUUCUGUGAUCUCAUAUGAUGGCCAUUAAACCAUUAAAGUAUUCAUGAUAACAAUUAGUUGGACAUUUAGUUUUGAUUCAUAUACUAGAAGAUGAAAAUCUGAAAUUAAUUAAUACACAGCCUAACUCACUGUAUAGUGAACAUGGGCUGUGUUUUAGCAUACACUGAACCACAAGACCAUACAUACGCAAUCCGUGGCUCAGCUGUCUCUCCUAUUGUAUGUGAGAGCGCUGUAUACAUAAUGGGGACACAUUUAACACUGGCAACCUGAAAGAAUUUUCCAGGCUGCCUUAUUGACAACCCCGGAGGGCUGUUUUAUAUUGGCAGUGAUUUUUACAAGUCACUGCUACUAUGACUCACUCUCAGCAAUGAUUGGAUAAAAAGUGCUUAUGGUUUUAAACCAACAGAACAAAAACAAUCUGAUAUAACUACGCAAAUAAUGUUUUAAAUGAUCAAACUGUUGUGAAAACCACCUACUUCUUGUUUUGGGAAAGAAAAAUUACAGAUCUUGACUUUAACCCUUCAAAUAUUUUUUAGUGACUCCACCAGCACCAAUCCUUCAGUGCACUGGGGGAAACAUGAAGAUAUCCAUAUCUAAAUGUCAACUGGAGAUUAGUCAAUUUGACUCUUCCAAUUUACAUUUGAAUAACUCAACUGAUGUCAACUGCUCAGCAACAUAUGAGAUUAUUAAUGGUACUUCCCAAGUUGUUUUUAUAUCACCGCUGAAAACUGGCUCCUGUGGUAAUGUAGUAACAGUAAGUACACAACUAAUAAAAUAUGUGUUUAAAACAGCAUGGAUAAUAAGAACAGCUUAUCUAUAUCAAAAACAAAUGUACCCAUAAAUAAUACAUAUCUUCUUCAUUCAACAUUAGUCCACUUAGUCAUGCAGGUUUAUUCACUAAAGUGAAACUAGUGCAUUCACACUGAGUUCAAAGUGAAUUUCAAAACGUAGGUCAAAAAUAGAAAUAUAAAGAUUCUACAUGUCAAUUGUGUAUUGAAUUUUGUCAUUUUAGCAUUGUGUUAAAGAAGAUUUUGCUUCUUCUUCAAGGUUUCAAAUUAUAAUCUAUCCAAAUCAGGCUGAUAUGUCUUAGAAUAACCUGUUAUAACUCUACCAUAUGGCACACUAGCUCUGUUUUUUGGGGGGAUUAGAGGCCCUAGUUAUUUAGGCAUUUAUUUAAACACUAUACUAGGCCUUGAUUUAAAACUAAAGUGAGAAUUCAAAGUGAAUUCUAUGUGCAUUUCAAAAUCAAGCUAAAAUAACUAGAAAUAUUCUCCAAGUGAACUAUGUGUUCUGUUUGGCUUCUUAGGCCUAAAUUUGGAAUUCUCUUAUAAUUUACUUUAUAUCCUCACUUUUAUAAAUAAUAACAGAAAAUCUCUCUAUUUAUGCGAUUGUGGCCUACAUUUUGAAAUUCACUGUGAAUUCAUUAUGAACAUAUCUAGGCCUCAAUCUAUGGAUAAACAUUUAAAUUUUUUUAAUAUUUAUGAACCAUUUUUAAAAUGUUAUUUUUUUUCCAAAUACUAAUAUAUCAAAAAUUGUACAAUGUAUAAAAAGAUAUCAACAUAUCAAUAAAUAUUAAAAGCCUUUUUUUAAAAAUUGUAAUUAUUUUAAAAGUAUCAAACAAAUGUACUUACUUGAAAAUCUUAUCCAAAAGUUUUAAAUAAAUGCCUUUGUCCAUUACAUUAUUUCAGUAAUAACAGUCUUUUGAAAGUCUAUUCAGUAAACAGUGAGCUCUGGCUACUUAUAAGAUGACUGGCAAAAUUUAGGGUAAAAUGAGAAAAUUGGGGAAAAAAGUCAGGAGCAUAUGAGAUUCUCUUAUGAAGGUCCAAAUGGUCCGAGUCUGUCCUCUAGUUUACAUCUAAAUUCUAAAGUUAAAUCGACAACUUAUCUCAACUCAUUGUUUAGUGAAAAACUCGUAAACUUGUAUUUUGUAAAGCUGGCAUGAUAGACUUCUCUAACAAAUGUUUUUUUUUUGUUUGUUUGUUUUCAUUUCCACAGGCAAAUAAUAGUAAUGUUACUUACAGUAAUACUUUGUACAUUAGUCCCAAGAUAAGUAACAUAGUAAGCAGAAAUUAUUUCAAUGUGAGCUUUUCUUGCUCCUUCCCAUUGAACAUUUCAGUUGCUCUUAACUCAACCUUAAAGCCGAUAAUAGGGUAAGUACCAGCCAUACAUUCAGCUCCAUAUACAUUCCAUAUAUUAGUGAUGGUUAAGUCUGUCUCUUGUGGGAUCAAGUAACGAAUGAUAGAUUAUGCAUCAGGGGAACACAGGUCAAGACAGUUGGUGUGCAAAAAGUUAGCCAUUAUUAUCAAAAACAGCCAUUUCAAAAUUUGUUUGGUAUCAUUAUUCCCUUACUGGCAUGCUAGGGGUGGUUUAUCAAGUAAGACAGGUGCUAUUCAGGGUGCCAAAUGCUGCAUUGAGGAUCAUUCUAUUGUUCUCAAAUAGUACCUGCGUUUGCCUUGAUAAAUGUCCGCCAAUACUAAGUGUAGGUCUGCUGUUUCUGAAUGGUCUUACAUUGCAGUACCUCUCCAUAUUUCCAACCACUCUAAAUGUGACCCACUAAAAGAUGAACUGGCCAUUAUUAUUUCUUUCUUUUAACAAUGUGUAUUUCUGUUUGUCUGUCAUCUCAGACUCUUGGCUUAGUUUUUCUACAUGAGAGAUGCUCUCAAAGUUGCCUGUUUGCUACGUUGUUUCCCAAUAACGUCUGCAAAGCAAAAAAGCACUCCAUGCAUGGUUUAAGUGUCCGCUAAUGAUAUGCUCGCACUUUGGUGCCCGAGGACAUUUCCCAGGUUUUUCCCAGAUGUUGGACACCAGGAAACUUAAGCAGGACAGCACCUCAAAUUCAGGACUGUCCUGUCAAAGGCUGGAUAGUUAGGGGCCUGGUACAAUAGCAUAAAAGCAAUCUUACAUUACAAUGACAGAGAAGAAUGUAAGGUGCUUUACUACUUUCUAAAUAGGUUUUGUGAUUUGUUUACUUAGUGCCCCAUUUCUGCAAAAUAAAGAGCAAUGUUAUUAAGCAGGGGUAUGGUUGGUAUAGCAUUAGGUGGGGUUAAUGCAGAGUUAGUGUUAGCUACCAAAAGUUAAUUUAGAUCCUUGGCAUAUGAGGGAUUUCACAAUCAGGACUGAUAUGUGAAUCUAUGUUGGGCUCUUUUCAUUUAGUCGCACUGGUAUUCUGAAAAUAUAAAUAAUAAAACUAUAUGUUUUUCACACUUAAAGGGACACUAUAGUCACCAGAACAACUACAGUUUAUUGAAUUUGUUCUGGUGAGUAGAAUCAUUACCUUCAGGCUUUUUGCUGUAAACACUGUCUUUUCAGAGAAAAUGCAGUGUUUACAUUACAGCCUAGUGAUAACUCCACUGGCCACUCCUUAGAUAGCUGUUAGAUCCUUCCUGGGUCAUGGCUGCCUAAAAUGCUCCCAAACAUUCAGUGUCUCCUCCCUCUGCAUGCAGACACUGAACUUUCGCCAUAGAGAUUCAUUGAUUAAAUUCAUCUCUAUGAGGAGAUGCUGAUUGGCCAGGGCUGUGUUUGAAUCAUGCUGGCUCUGCCCCUGAUCUGCCUCUUUGUAAGUCUCAGCCAAUCCUAUGGGGAAGCAUUGUAAUAGGAUCGGGCUGCCACUUCUGCUGAUGUCAGCAGGCAGUGGUGGGCAGGUCUAAAGGAAACCGGAACGGAGCCAGCAGCUCCAGACUUGAAUACAAUAAGAUUUCUAUAUUUAGGGAGGCAUGAGGGGCUCAGGGUGGCUAGAUGGUGAUUUUAACCCUAUAGGGUCAGGAAUACAUGUUUGUGUUGCUGACCCUAUAGUGUUCCUUUAACAUUGUUUUAGGUAUACAUAUAGGAUAUUAAAUUUGAAAAAGUACUUUUGGUCCUUUAAAACCAGUAUAUAAUGUGUGUGGGGCACUUACAAAGCCUCCAUCCUGAAGGGGUUAAACACAGUUACAAGAUAAUAAAAGCAGCAUCAUUAAUACUGUCACAAAAGUUUAUCUAAUGUUCAUUCAAAUUUAGCAGACAUAUUUUGAGCAGAGAGUAUAUAAUGCAUGUAUUUCCUUUUUUUUGUUUUUAGGUCCACACAGAUAACUGUCCCUGAGGUAAAUGCUGUGUACACAGUAAACAUGCUGGCCUUUGUAAAGGAUGAUUUUACAUCACUAUUGACAGAGGAAUAUGCACUGUAUGUGGAAGACAAUGUAUAUAUUUCAGUGAACAUACCUGACUUGGACGGGAAUGCAUUUUCACUCAUAGUGGAAAGCAUAUAUGCAUAUCCAGAUAACAGUAACACCACAUCAUAUGAGCUUCUUUCCAAUGGGUAUGUAUCAGAAGUAUAAUGUAUCACCUGUUAAUGGCGUGGUUAGACUAUACCAGAAUCCAUAGCCCUUACACAAACAAUCUCAUAUUUCUUUAACCAAAUUAAGCAAACAUGCUCUUUAAAUUAAUAUUAUCCUCCCUUCGUUUUAAAUAAAUAAAUUAAAAAGUUUCUUAAAACCUGUAAUCCAGCACAGACUCCUUGGAGCAACCAAUUCACCUUUGGUGAGGUCACCAAGAUUACAUUGCUUCUCAACACACUCUGCUAAUCAGAUGAGAUUCAUGGAGAAGCAUUACAUUUGGGACUUCCAUAUGAUAAACAUUAACAGCAUAUAAAAUUAUCAUGAUUGAUUUUAAAGGAGGAAGUGCCACUAAUGACUGUCUCUCUGACAGCUGCUAGACAUGUGUUUCCUGACAAAUGUAAAUAUUUUUGUUUUCCAGAAAUGGCUUACAUUUGUGAGAGAAAAGGGACAGUGUCUAUGCACCAAAAUCACUACAUUAAGAUAUAGUGGUUUUGGUGCUUACAGUGUUUCUUUAAAUGUUUCCGUUUUCCAGAAUUGGUGCCCUUUGAGAAGCCCAAUGUUUAAUCAUAUACAAUUUGUUUGCAACAAUGUUUGUUUGUUUUUACUUUUGUUAAUCUGGGAUCUUUCAACUUUGUUACGUCAUGUCCAUUUAUUUCUUCUGUUGCUACAACAUGUGCAGCAAUGAGGGUGUUGACAAACAUGCAGGGGUCCUCAUGAUCCCCAAAUAAACAGUACUGACCCUUUAUUUCUUUACUUGCAAUCAAAUGUCUUUAAAUGGCUGUGACAUAAGGGUCAGUUACACAAACUCAUACACAUUCUUUUAAGUGUGGGUAAAGCUAGGUAUGGUUUUCUUGGUGGGACAAUUGGCUUGGUAUUAUUAAAAUUAACUAUUUACUGUUUUUAGAUGCCCAGCUGGAGGUCUUACUAGUGGUCUAAUGUCUGUGAUAAAUAAUGGAAAUGGUACUGAAGCACGUGUCGUUAUGAAAGCCUUUCAAAUUACUGGCUCGACCACUGUCAGUCUUCGUGCAGUAGUAAAAAUCUGUAAUGCCACCUGUGUUCCGGUAAGAUUUUACCCACAGUGUUAAAAUUAUUUACUUUAUUUAUAACAUAACAAAUCCAAUAAAACUUUGUAUGACGUAGAGUAAUAGUUGCAUGAAUAAUUUAUACCAAAUAUACACAAAAUUAAUUUUACUAUAUAAAGUGUAUACAUAGGUUGAGCCUUGGUGCGUGUAGUAAUGUAUCAAAUUAGGAAGGUCACAUUACCCACAAUAUUGGUAUAAAGUCCAUAAGUUUAAUCAAUUACAUCAGAAAGCUUACCAAACUUCAGCAUUUAACCCUAAAACUGCUCCAGUCUUGCUAUGAUAUAUAUGAAUCCCCAUAUCAUUUCUAAAAAUAUAUUUAAAAUAUCUCCAAAACUGUAUAGUAAGACACUAAAAGCUAUACUUCAUUUGAGGAUAAAAGAGAGAGAGACGCAUCACAUAUGCACACUAUUUAUAAAUUUCUCUGUAACUGUAUAUAUUGUUCUCUCUAAUGUUGCUUUAAUCGUGAUCUUGGCAUUGUUACCAUGUUGUUACUUAUGGAAUCUUCACACAUUCAUGCACACAUAUGCAUGCUAUUUAUAUAUUUUUAUAUAUAUUUUUUUUUUAUUACAGACCUGUAAUGUCAGAGCUGAUUCCCCAGCUGGAUCGCAGAAUAGUGCAGACGUUACGUUGACAUUAAAUGCACAGGGUAAGUAACAUUGAUAUCAUGGUUAUCAUAGAGGUUGACUGUUUGCAUUUAACACUAGAAACAGUUAAAAUGGUACAGUGAUCCCAAACACUUUUAACACAGACUUCCUGAAAGUUGCAGUGAUUGUUGACCAGACAUGUUUAUCACAAACUGGACCUCAGAGAAAUUGAUUGUCUACAAACUGUUUAGAUGGAACAUAUCAUAGGUUAUUCACUAAACCAUGAAUUGCUGGCAUUCACCCGGUAAUCAUGUAAUUACAAAUUCCUAGGGUACUGCCAACCGCUCUGCUUCCCACAUCAUCAUACAGGUCUAGAGCCGAUGGCCAAUCCAAUGCUCAUCAUAGAGCAUGUGCUGGCAAUGCUUUCUAAGAGCUGUCUCAUCACAUGACAGAGUUUUACUCGGCCACUGCAGCAGAAGGGCCUCUAGGCGCUGACUGGAAGACAAGCACUGGAGGUGUGUUUUUAGGCCUUAAACUUCCAAUCCCUUGGUGAAUUACUCUGAAAGAUUAGAAACGCUACAAAAACCUUUGUGAACCUACUAAUGGCUGCAUAUGUUCGAUGGUUGUCAUGUCACUAACCUGGACAUUACUUCAGAAAGAACAUGUUACUAAAUACUUCAAGCUAUGCAGUGAAAUGUAUUAAAUCACUCGUCAGUAAAAGACUGUUUUGAAGUAAUGAGUAAAAAUAAAUUAUGUGAAAUUUGAAUUAACAAAAAGAUCAAAGACAUGGGGCAUCUCUCACAUCAAUAGCAGAUUUAAAAAAAGAGAAAACCAUACAUAUGUUUACAUUAUAGUCCUAUGUUUAACAUGCAAAGCUUAAAGGACCACUAUAGUGCCAGGAAAACAUACUCGUUUUCCUGGCACUUAGAGCCCUGAGGGUGCCCCCACCCUCAGGGUCCCCCUCCCGCCGGGCUGGAUCGAGAGGAUAGGGUUAAAUCUUACCUUUUUUUCCAGCACCGGGCAGGGAGCUCUUCUCCUCCUCUUUGGCUGAAUGCGCAUGCGCGGCAGGAGCCGCGCGCGCAGCCAGUCCAUAGGAAAGCAUUCAUAAUGCUUUCCUAUGGACGCUGGUGUCUUCUCACUGUGAUUUUCACAGUGAGAAGCACGCAAGCGCCUCUAGCGGCUGUCAAGAGACAGUCACUGGAGGCUGGAUUAACCCUAUUAUAAAUAUAGCAGUUUCUCUGAAACUGCUAUGUUUAUAAAAAAAAAAAAAAGGGGUUAACCCUAGCUGGACCUGGCACCCAGGCCACUUCAUUAAGCUGAAGUGGUCUGGGUGCCUAUAGUGGUCCUUUAAGCUUUCUAUAUGUUAGUUCAUUGUGCAGAUUUUGUAUAUUGGUAGAUUAAAAUACAUACAGGUUAAUAAAUACUGAAAUGUGAUGCUUAAUAAAUAUUUGUAAUAGAGUUUACAUUUAUAAACUUACACAAAACGGCUUGUUUUACAGAUGCAACUGGCGAUUCAUCAGGCGCUCUUGACAGUAAGCAAAUAAGUUAUACCUCUCUUUAUAAUAGUUGUUAAUUACAAAUUAUAAAUAUAUAUAUAUAUAUAUAUAUAUAUAUAUAUAUUAACUGUACUGGUUCCUUGAUCCUGAUAAUGUAAAAUUACUGUAGAUAUAGAAACAUGCACAUGUAUCGCUGUGCGUUGUGUACAAUUCUUAAUUCACUUACAUGAAACACAUACAGGUAAAGGUGGAGAAAGCUUACAGGUUGUUCUCAACUAUUUCAAUAAUUGUAUUGUACCAGUGCUUACUACAUGAUCAUAUGCCUUCAGUUUGCAACAUGUAAUGGCUCGCUAUAAAACCUUCCAUGUUCCAUCAUUGUUUAUUGUAUUUUACUCUAUUCACUAGAUGUAAAUUGAAGGUUCAUUGUCCACCUCCCAACUUUUCAUUGAUUUGACUUCAUUAGCAUACCUUCUAUUUGGCAUAUAUUGGUUUUGUAAGAAAUAUGUAUAUCAUCCUUGGGUUCUAACAGGAGAUGAGAAAAAUCAUCAAAGUGUUACCUUUAUAUUAUUAGUGAACUUUGUAAGUCUUACUGUUGUAUAGACCAUGUCCACAUGCUUAACAUAUUUAUAUAUUACAUUGAAUUUGAUUUUACAAAUCUAAUAUUACAUCAAAAUUAAACCAACUUUCUUUUUAUUUUUGCAGGAUUUUCCAUGCCCUGGACUCUUUGUUUACUUCUCAUGUCUCUAAUGUUUGUUAGCUUCAUGUAACAUUCUUACAGACCCUCUAAAGAAUACAGGCUGUGUCACGUUUCCACUAUUUAAAUUCUUUUGUAUAUUAGCUAUCUUAAUUCAGCUUAAUAAUUAUCAUUGCUUAAUUUACUAAAGACUUAAACAGUGCUGGGCUUUGUCCUGUCUCAGUAAGUAUGUCAAGCGGGACAUGAUUCUUUACAAAAAUUUGGAACGUUUUAAAUGUUUAUCUAUGAGGUGCAUUUAUUUAUUUUACCUAUCCCUUUCUGCUUAAAGAAUCUUCACAUUGUAUACAUUUCUUGUAUAUUUUCUAUCACAUAAUAAAUUGCAAACUAAUUAUA